AUGCAAGAGCGCGACGCACAGCGGCUCAGCGGGCUCAUCUCGCACGACAGCGGCUGGAGCCCCGACGAGCUGCUCAGGCUCUUUGCUGCCCACAGCACGAGCAUCAACCACAGGCACGCUGCGAACCUGUGGAACAAACUGGGCAAGAAGCGCGUUGAGCGGCGGCACGAGGAGCAGCUGGAGCGGCUGGCAUUGCUUGCCGAGUGCUCGCGCGUGAUUGAGGUCUCGCUCGCGCGGGAUCCGUCGAUGUGGAGCGAAGAGGAACGCACUCAGCUUCACCAAUGGCAGCUCUGGGUUUCUCUGGAGCGAGGGGCAGACGCGCAGCAGCACCUCAUGAUCUCCGAGUCCCAGCGCAAGCUCUGCCGCGACGCCAUGCAAUGCACGCAAGCCAUCAUUUCGCGCUUUCAGCGCUCUGUUGCAGCUGCACUCGCCGCCGUGUGGGGCCCGGGCUUUGAGGAGGAGCAUCUCGAGCCGCGCACCGGCUACUCUCUCGACCUGGCACUGCCCUCCUCACGCGUCGCGAUCGAGGUGGACGGCCCCUCGCAUUUCCUGCUGCCCGACGGCCGGGGUGAGCGCAAGCCCAACGGGCCCACGCUGCUCAAGCGGCGCCUCCUCGCGGCGGCCGGCUGGCGGGUGAUCAGCGUUCCAUUCGACGAGUGGGACGGCUUGCGGUCGGCCAGCGCGCGGCAGGCCUACCUGGAGAGGGUCGUCCUGCCGGAGAUCGAAGAGAGCGAGGUGGCGGCGGCGGCGGGCACCGCGGCGGGGAAUCAGGCGGCGAAGGCGGUGGAGGCGGCGGCACAGGCGGCGGCGAGGGCGGAGGCGGAGGCGGAGGUGGAGGCGGAGGCGGAGGCGGAGGCGGAGGCGGAGGUGGAGGCGGAGGCGGAGGCGGAGGCGGAGGCGGAGGAGAGGAGGAAGAGGAAGAGGAGUGUGAGGAGGAGAGAGAGGAGGAGGAGGAGGCCGUCGGUGGUGGUGGUGGAGGAGGAGGAGGCUGCGCCUGCGGCGAGGGGCUCCUCUCUGAGCUGGACCGUGCUCGUCUCGCUGCUGCUGCUGCCGCUCCUCGCCGUGGUCGCCAAGAAGCAGGGGCUCGGCCUCGCGCUGGGCGGGGCAGGCUCGAGGGCAGGAGGCCCCUCCUCGCGCGCACGCGGCAACGCUGACGCCGGGAGGGCCGCGUCCGACAAAUCUCGCGCUGACGCCGGGAGGGCCGCGUCCGACAAAUCUCUGCCGUGCGUGCAGUGGGCGGAGGCGGGCGAGUGCAAGCGGAACCCGGACUACAUGAUAGUGCAUUGCGCCGCCGCGUGCAGGGUCGCCAAUCGGGCUCGGAGGGCAGGAGGCCCCUCCUCGCGCGCACGCGGCGACGCUGACGCCGGGAGGGCCGCGUCCGACAAAUCUCUGCCGUGCGUGCAGUGGGCGGAGGCGGGCGAGUGCAAGCGGAACCCGGACUACAUGAUAGUGCAUUGCGCCGCCGCGUGCAGGGCGGCGCAGUGA